AUGGAGGACGGGGCGCCCCGGGCCCGGGCCCCCCUCUACCGCAGCGUCUCGUUCAAGCGUCUGGAGCGGUGGAGCGGGGGCCCGACGGCGGCCGGGGCCGGCGGCGGGGCCCGGGAGGAGCCGCCCCCGCGCGGGGUGUCGAAGCUGUCGUCGACCCCGCAGCGCGGCCCCCUGUCGCCGUCGGUGCGCCGCCUCUCGCAGCGCUUCGACGCCUCCCGCCGCCCGGACCCGCGCCCCGACGGCGAGGACGAGCCCCCGCCCCCGCCGCCCCCGGAGGGGCCCCGCGGGGACCCUCCGCCCGGUGACCCGGAGGACGGGCCCGCGGGCGGCCCCCGAGGGGCCGGGCCGGAGCCGGGGGGCCUCUGGCCCAGCGUCACCGAGAUGCGCAAACUGUUCGGCGGGGAGAGCCCGGCCCGGCGCGGGCGAGCGCGGGAGCCGGGCGGAGCAGCCCCGGGCCCCGGGCCCCGGGAGGACGACGGCCCCGGAGGAGGAGCCGGCCGGCAGCGGCGGCAGCAGCGGCGGCGGCGGCGCGACGCUCCGGACCGGCCGGACCGGGCGGACGGCCGUCGGGACGCCGGGCGCCCGCGAUCCGCCCGCCGGAGGAGGAAGGAGGAGCGAGCCCGCCCCAGCCGCCGCUCGGACAGCGAUGGGCUGAGCCCGGCGGGGCCGGAGCCGCCCGGCCGGGCCCGGAGAGGGGGGGCCCGGGACCCGGACCCCGGGGACGCGGCCUCCGGACCCCCGCCGCGGCGACCGGGCCGGACCCUGGCCGACGGCGGGGCCUUCCCGCGGGGCUGCGGGGCGGCGCUGCCCGCGGUGUCCCGCGUGUCCAGGGUGACCAUCCCGCCGCUCCUGCCCGGGCCCGGGCCCGGGCCCGCCCGCCCCGGCGCCCGCCCGUCCAGCGCCGAGACCCCGCGGGACGGAGAACCGGACGGGGCGGGCCCGGCCUGCCUCCGCCGCUCCCCCAGCUGCGGCUUCGACGACGGCCCGCUCCGGGCCCAGCCCCAGCCCCAGCCCCGGCCCCAGGCAGCCGCGGGGCUCCUGGCCCCCCGGGCCACGGCGCCCAAGCAGCGCAAGUCUCUCUCCAACCCCGACAUCGCCUCGGAGACGCUGAGCCUGCUGAAUUUCCUGCGCGCCGACCUGUCCGAGCUGAGGAUCGGCCGGAGAGGAGGCGGGAGGCCGGGUCCCCCCUCGGGACGGACCAGCCCGUUGCCCGUCGGGCCGGGCCGGGCGGGGCCGGGCGGCCGCCCCUCCCUGAAGGACCUGACGGCCACCCUGCGCCGGGCCAAAUCCUUCACUUACCCGGACGCCCCGGCCCCGCGCCGCCUCCGCCCGCAGAGCGGCCUGCAGCCCGGCACCUACGAGCUGCUCCUGGACGGCGCCGGGCUGCGGCCUGAGAACCCCGGGGACCGGGGCGAUGACGACGACAACGACGACGACGGGCUGCCCCUGCCCGUCCCCGACCAGUACGUCCAGGAAGCCCAGCAGGUCUUCGAGAACAUUCACCGGAUGGGGUUGGCGGCGGCCCCCGACGAGGCCGGCCCGCUCGGGGGCCUCCAACCGACGGUGGCGGCGGCCUCCUCCGCCCGGGGGCUCCCGGACCGGGGCCCCGGGCCCCAGGUCCCCCACCGGAGGUCGCUGGAUGAGCUGUCCGGCCACGAGUCCAGCCUGACGGACGAGGGCAUCGUCACCGAGCCGGAGAUGCCGCCCCCGGCCCAGGGUGCGGACAAGGGCCUGGGGCCUGCGGGCGCCUGGCGGGCCGGCGGAGCCACCCUGGGAGACAGACACCGCUCCCCGGUCAUCUCCCUGGAGUCGGCCGGCGGGGGCCCCGAGCCCCCGGACCCUCCGUCCACGCCGGGCGCCCUGCGGCAGCGGCGGCGGAAGGGCCCCUCGGCCGGGCUCGUCGGUCCCGUCGGAGGUCCGGGGGAGCCGCUCCGCUCCCUCAGCGACCCGAUGCCCCACCGGGGCGACCCCGCUGCCCGCCUCCUUGACUCCCUGGAGGCCACCGCCGCCUCUGCGGGGGCGGCCGGCGACCCCAACGGCCCCCAGGCCCCCACCGCCCGCCAGGGUGCUCGCUCGACGGCCAAGAAGAAAUCGUUGAGCGAUCCGAGCCGCCGCGGGGAACUGGUCGGGGCCGGGGUCCGCGCCCUCGGGGCCCCCAUCCGCGAGGUGGACCCCGGCGCCCCAACGCCCAGCGGUGAAGCCGCCCUGGACGAAGGCCCGUCCCCGGGAGCCGCCCCCCACGGCGUCAGGAGGCGGUCGGUGGGAUUGUGCCCCCCGCAGCGGGAGCUCGGGCCUGGGCCUUGCCGAGCACCGCCGCCGCCGCCCAACAGGCAUGUCCGCCAUGCCAGCGAACCGGCCUUCGUGCCCCUGGCUGCCCCCGCUCCCGCCACCGAGCCAUCGGGCAGGCCCCGCGCCCCCGCCGCUGCCCAUCCGCCCUCGCUGGAGGCCGUCACCCAACGCUACAUGAUGGCCCUCGGGUCCAGGGACUCCCCGCCCGUCUGCCCUCCCGGGCCUGUCGAGGAUCCUCGCCCUCCACCACCCCAUGCUGCCCCGAUCUCCGCCGGGCCCAGCCCCGCCGCCAGCAAGAUCCAGGGCAAGCCGCGAGUGGACAUGAGGAAGCAUGUCAUCAUGACGUUGCUGGACACGGAGCAAUCGUACGUGGAGUCUCUCCGCACGCUCAUGCAGGUAUACAUGAAACCCCUGAAGCAGCCGGAGAACUCGAUCUUGGUUGACCCUUCCCUGGUGGACGAGAUCUUCGACCAGAUCCCGGAGCUGCUGGAGCACCAUGAGCAGUUCCUGGAGCAGGUGCACCAGUGCGUGCAGAAUUGGCAUGAGAAGCAGAAAGUAGGGGACCUGCUUGUGCAGUCGUUCUCCAAGGACAUCCUGGUGAACAUCUAUUCAGCCUACAUAGACAACUUCCUCAAUGCCAAGGACGCCGUAAGGAUUGCCAAGGAGGCUCGGCCUGCUUUCCUCAAGUUCCUGGAGCAGAGCAUGCGGGAAAACAAGGAGAAGCAGGCGCUGUCUGACCUGAUGAUCAAACCCGUUCAGAGGAUCCCACGCUAUGAGCUGCUGGUGAAGGACCUGCUGAAACAUACUCCUGAGGACCACCCAGACCACCCAUUCCUCAUCGACGCCCAGAGGAACAUCAAGCAGGUGGCCGAACGGAUCAACCAGGGCAUGAAGAAUGCCGAGGAGGUGGAGCGAAAUGCCCGCAUUGUGCAGGAGAUUGAGGCGCACAUCGAGGGCAUGGAGGACCUCCAAGCUCCACUGCGCAGAUUCCUGCGGCAAGAGAUGGUGGUGGAGGCGAAGGCGGUUGGCGGCAAGAAGGACCGUUCCCUGUUCCUCUUCAGCGACCUGCUGGUCUGCACCACCCUGAAGCGCAAGUCUGGCUCCCUGCGCCGUAGCUCCGUGAGCCUGUACACGGCGGCCAGCGUCAUCGACACCACCAGCAAAUACAAGCUCCUCUGGAAGCUGCCACUGGAGGAUCUGGACAUUGUGAAGGGGGCUUCCCAAGCCACCAACCGGGAGAGCAUCCAGAAGGCCGUCAGCCGCCUGGACGAGGACCUGGCGACCCUGGGUCAUGUCAGCAAACUGUCCGAGAGCCUCAGCUUCCCCCACCAGGGCCUGGAUGAUGCUAUAAAGGAGCUGACGGGUGCUGUGCACCGCGAACUGGCCGAGAAGCAGGCCCUGGCUUUGGUCCUGUCUUCCCCUCCCAGCAAGGUGGAGCUCGCGGCCAGCAAGCCGGACGGCAGCGAGACCUUCACCUUUGAGUUUCCCAGCACCGACGCCUGCCACGGCUUCGAGGUGGCCUUCGAGGACACCAAAAGGAAGCUGGCUUCCCACCGAAACUGCCAGGACCCUGAAUUCCUGAAGGCCAUCCCCAUCAUGAAGACCCGCAGCGGGAUGCAGUUCUCCUGCGCCUCCCCCAGCCACAGCAGCAGCCCGGACAGCGCCCACGAGGUCUGGGUGUGCAACAGCGAUGGCUACGUGGGGCAGGUCUGCCUGCUGAGCAUCCGCCAGGAGCCCACCGUGGAAGCCUGCAUCGCCGUCUGCUCCGCCCGCAUCCUCUGCAUCGCCUCUGUCCCGGGCCUCAAGCGCAGCUUCAGGGAGAGGCCCGAGUCCUCGGGCGGUGCAGCCCCGGAGCCCCCGGCACCCCCGGCCGAGGAGGCCGACGCCCAGCAGUGUCUCCACAUCUCCAUCUCGGGCUCGUCUUUGGAGCUGCCGGAGCCGGUGGGCAGUGCCGCCCGCGAGCCGAUGCCUUUCGACAGCGACGACACGGAUGACGAGUCAUCCCCGAGCCCCUCGGGGACCCUCCAGAGCCAGGCCAGCCGCUCCACCAUCUCCUCCAGCUUCGGCAAUGAGGAGAUGGCCACCUCCAAGGAUGCAGCGGCUGAGACGACCAGUUCUGAAGAGGAGCAAGAGCCCAGCUUCCUGCCACUGUCCAGCUCUUUCGGCCAGAGCCGCGGGGGUGGGAGCCCGGUGGAUGGACGCGCAGUGCGGCGCUCCAGCCGGGGCUCCUUCACCCGCGGCAGCCUCGAGGACCUGCUCACCGCCGACCCCGAGGCCUUUCAGAGCUCCGUUUGGCUGGGCACCGAGGAUGGCUGCAUCCAUGUGUACCAGUCCUCGGACAACAUCCGCAACCGCAAGAACAGCCUGAAACUGCAGCACGGCGCGGCUGUCACCUGCAUCCUGUACCUAGGAGACCAAGUGUUCGUGUCCUUGGCCAGUGGCGACCUCGUGGUCUAUCGGAGAGAGGCAGCCCGAUUCUGGGACCCGCAGAACUGUAAGUCGCUGCCCCUCGGCUCCGCCGGGAACCCCAUCACCAAGAUGGUGGCGGUGUCCGGGCGGCUUUGGUGCGGCUGCCAAAACACCGUGCUGGUCCUCGGGGCCGCCACCUUGGCCCAGGAGCACCAGUUCCAAGUGGGGCCGGAUAGCCACCGCAGCGUGACCUGCCUCGUGAGCUCCUCUGUGGGGGUGUGGGUGACCCUACAGGGCAGCGCCCAGGUCCGGCUCUAUCAUGCCACGUCCUAUGAGCAGCUGGCCGAAGUGGACGUCAGCCCUCCUGUGCACAAGAUGCUGGCAGGCUCGGACGCCAUCAUCCGUCAGCACAAGGCGGCGUGCCUGCGGAUCACGGCUCUGCUGGCCUGCCAGGACCUGCUGUGGAUCGGCACCAGUGCCGGCGUCGUGCUGACCCUGCCCCUGGCUGCCCCCACACCCGGCGCCCCACGCCCUGCACCACCUCUGACCCCAGUGGGCCUGUCACAGGGCCACACCGGCCACGUCCGCUUCCUCACCGCCCUCGAGCUCCCCGACGGCUCCGACCUCCUCCUCCCGCCGCCACUCCGGGACACAGGCCCCGUGACGCCCUGCCUGCUGGAGCGGAGAGAGCCGGCCCGGCCCCGGCUGGCCCCCAGCCCCCUGCCCCUGUCCAAGGCCCACAUGCUGGUCAUCAGCGGCGGCGAUGGCUACGAGGAUUUCAGACUGGCCAGUGGGGCCGGUGGGGGCGGCGGCGGCGGCAGCAGCAGCGAGACUGUGGGACGGGACGACAGCACGAACCAUCUCCUCCUGUGGAGGGUGUGACCCCGAGGAGCUAGCGGGCCGUGCCGCCCCCACCCCAGCUGCCUCCUCCAUGACAGGGGGAUGUGUGUGUGCAUGUGUGCCUGUCUGUGUGCACCGGUGCGUGCACAUGUGUGUAUAUUUGCGCAAACCUGUGUAUGGACGUAUGCUUGUGUUCACGAAGCUUGUAUGGCCUGUAUAUACCUGUGGGUGUGGACACGUAUGUGUGUGCAUGUGCUCAUGUGUACCAUGGGUGGUGUACACAUGUCUGUGUGCAUGUUUUCCUGUAUUUGUGUGUGCCUGUAUUUGUGUGUCCCCCCUGGCCGCCGGGGCUGGUUUCUGGCCGAAACUCUCCAGGAUCCGGGAGCCACGUGUCCUUCUGGCGCUGGCCCGGCCCAGCUCUGCCGGGAUGGGAGGAGGAGGAGGAGGGGGAGAGGAGGAGAUGGGCAGAGGGGAGACCUGCCCCCUGUCCGCGGUUUGUCCGUCUGCCCUAGGCCUGUCCAGCCCCUUCACCCGCCCCACCAAGCCCCCCUGCGAGCCAGAGCUGGGAGCAUGGGUAGGGCCCUGACUCAGGAUCGGGGGCUGGGGAAGUAGCUGUCCCCACUGGUGGACACACCGGGACUGUGGCUUCCUAUGGUUUGGGGAGCUCAUGGGGAAUGGCAGCGGUGGGGGGUUGCGGGGGGGAUGCCUCCCGCUGGGCUGGACCAGGCUUUCUCCACCCCCAGCCUCUCUGGCGGGGGCAGGUCAGGCUCCUUGACUAAGGGGGAGGAGAGGAGAAGAGGGCCGACCGAGGGAGGAAAAUGUGCAAUAUUGGUGUGGGCCGGAAGAGGAUGGUGAGGCCAAAGAGAUCGGGACCCUCCCCCGCACUGCCCGGGAGCGUCUCCGGUGAUGAGCCCCCAGGGGGAGGAGGGGGAGCUUGUACAGUAUUUAUGUUUAUUUUUAACAAGUUACUUUUCACAGCACUUAAUUUAUACAGACAGCACGGGGAGCGAGGGUGGGCGGAGGCGGGGGGCUGCUUGCCCCGGGCCUCGGGGUUCACGUCCACUCCCGGUGCCAGCUCUUCGUAGCAGGCGGGCAGGAGGGGGCACUUAGCCCCUUCGGACCUCACGAGUCUCCGAGAUUUAGGAAUUGUCAGGAUUCACGGCCCCAGGGGCAGCGCCGUUACUGCGCCGGGGCGGCUGGAGUUGGCGGGUCUCGUUCCUCAUCAGGACGUCAGGGUGGUCAAUCCACAUUAGCCGGGGGUGGAUUAAGUGCUGAUCCUGCCCUGUCCCCCGAGAUGGACACGUCCUUCGGUCACUCCACUGCAACCUGGGCAGGCGGGGAGGGAGAUGGCCCACCCUGGACGGGAGGCCGAGGCCUAGGCCCGGGCGGCCUCACACUCCUCUCCGAGCUCAGAGGUCCUGCCCUGGUUUGGAUCUGGAAGCCCAUCAGUCCUCCCGUCCAUCCGUCCGCUGGUCCCCUGGCAGCUCCAUGCCAGGGGCGGAGGAGGGGGCGGGAGCCGCCCGGGAAGAGAAGCAUGCUGUGGGCUUGGAUCAUCUUGCGGCGAAGAAACUGUCGAGGGUAGCUUGCUCUUCCAUGCUCUGCAAAGCCCAGGGGGGAGGGACAAUCAGGAGCUGAGCCCUUACCCUCCUCCGGCACGCGUGACUGGGCCAGAGGGCAGCCAGGGGUCCUGACUUCCAGCCCCCGGGGCCCGGGGAGGAUGGAGACCGGGGAGGAGGGCCGGGCCGGCUGGGGUGGCAAGAUUCGGGGGGCAGUGGGGGUUCACAGAGCUCUCCAAGUGAAUCCUCAGAGGUAGCCACCAGCCCCCCUAGAUCCCCUGGGGUCUCCUGGUGGGCAGAGCGCCCCUCCGAGUGGCUGUCUUCUUCUUUUGCUGCCAAUGAAACUAUUCACGCUCCGUGGACGAUGAAGUCAAAAGUCAAUAAACAGAAAAGCUCAUCUCGUC